AUGGGUUAUGACACGAACGCGACCGAGUUGGCGGAUUUUUGCGCCGAGCUGACGGUGGGACGACGCGCGCUCGAGGAUCGAGAUGCAACCGUGGUCACAUCGCUCGUGCACGAGCUCGCCGUUCGGGUUCAGAAGGACAUCUCCGUCCUUACGAUACCGCUCACGCAGCCGCCUUCGUUUUGGAAUCGACUCAUCGCCACCGCGAGGAAUCUGUGUGCCCACGGGGUGCUUGACAUUGUGUCGAAGUGCGAGUUGUCCGACACAUUCGCGUUGCGCGUCACGCGCGAACUUCAAAUCGAGCCGCCUAGCGGCGAUCGUAUGGAUGCUCCGGUGGAAGCAAUCGUGGACUUAAUUUGUACGAUGGCGACCGAAGGCGUCGUCGUCUACGUGCCGUCGGACAUAGCGAGCGGUGCAUGGUAUUUGUGGGCCCGCCUCAUCGCGGUUUUGGGACCUGUAAAGUGCGCAAUCAUCGAUAAAGACACGAAGCAAGACGAGCGUCGCCGCAUCAUCGCGUCGUUCGACGAGCCGGUCGACGAACGUGAAUAUAACGUGCUGUUCGCAACAACGGAAACGGCGGGAUUCGGCAUCAAUCUACCGUCAAUCGACUUUGCUAUAUUGCUGACAAGCGCAUGGACUGCUUCUACGAACACUCAAGCGACGUACCGUAAUAUUCGCGCGUAUUCAAACGGACUUGCUCGAUCAAAACGAAUAAUUCACGUCAUCAUGAGCGGGUCGUGUGGAUCCGUCGCGCUCAGUCGAUUCUCUCGCGCAGCGUUUCGUGGUAAAAUAGGCGCGGCCCUGUUCCCGCCGCUGUUUCCUUCGGAUGCCGCGUGGGAUUUGCCAUUGUUGGCGACGACAGAAACGCCGUUGACCACGGAGAAGCGCGAAGCAAUUGCAGCCCUGUCCGAAAAGAACCAAUUUACGAACGAGAUGACGACAAUGACGUACGAGGAUUUUCUGAAACAACUGACAAAGCUCGAGGCCCCGGCGAACCACUCAAUUGAUUUUUUAUUCGAUUGCGGUUUCCACGGCGCAUGGUCGCGUUCGGCAAAGCAACGAUCAUCGGCGGCGAAGACGAAGAAGGGUAUCAGAAGGACUACGGGAGGAGGAUUGCAAUACAAGACAUUGCGGGCCAAAAACGAGGCGGAGCGAGCGGUCCUCGCUGGAAUUGCGACGCCGCACCCCACGCCGAAUUUGACGCCAGAGGUUUUGGCACAGUGCACCGCUCAGGCUGAUUUGAUCAAGUUGGGCAUCCAACGCGCGCAAAAUGCUCUGGAUCGAGGCCACGUGUGGCGCCCGUCGACGUCGCAAGACUACUCGUUUUUGUUCCCAAAGAACACGUCGAGCGAUGCGCCCGUUCGGAGGAUGAUGAUCACCGCGUCGUCGCUCUCAGGGAGUUUAUUUCCAUCGCGACCAGUUAGCCAAAAUGCGUACAUGCGCGCCGGCGUGGAGCUCGAGCCAAGGGCUCUGGAGCACAUCUCGAAAAAGUAUUCCUUCAAUUUCGUGAAGGAUGUCGACAAAUGGACGCGCGCGCUCCCAUCGGAUCCCACGUUUUUGGCCGCAACGCUGGACGGGUUGACGACCACGGGCAUCAUCGUCGAAGUGAAAUUCGUGCACAAUUUUAUGGACGUGAUCACGCCGGCUGGGGCAACGAAAAAAUACGAAGCGUAUUUGUCUCAGGUGCAGGCGCAGAUGCACGUGUUCGAGCUCGCGAUGGGAAUGCUCGUUUUCUAUUCGAUCGAUGCGGACACUGGCGACAUGUUCUCGUGUGAAUAUUGGAUUCGACGCGACGACGCGUGGCUCGAUCGCAUGAAGCCUACAUUUGCUCUCGCUCUCGCGACCCAACGACGACGACAUAACUUCGACCCCAGCUCUCUCUGA